GCGGCGGCGGCGGCCACAGCCCCGGAGCGGGGCCGCGCCGGGCCGGGGGAGGAGGAAGCGGAGGAUGGAGGAGGAGAUGCAGCCGGCGGAGGAGGGGCCCAGCACCCCCAAAAUCUACAAGCAGCGGGGUCCCUACAGCGUCCUCAAGACCUUCCCCGGCAAGCGGGCGGCGCUGGCCAAGCGCUACGAGAGAGCCGGCAUGGUGGAGGUGCCCCGCGGGCGCGCGGCGGGGCAGCCCUUCCCGCCCGCCGCCGAGCCGCUGCCCUACGCGCACGGCCCCUUCCCCGCCCGCCCCGCCGCCGCCCAGGGCCACCCCCGCCCGCCGCCGCCGCCGGCCCCCAGCUCCUCGGGCCGCUACGGCCCCUGCCCCGCGGGCGGCGGCGCGGAGCUGAGCGCAGAGAGUCGAAUGAUUCUGGAUGCCUUUGCCCAACAGUGCAGCCGGGUUCUAAGUCUUUUAAAUUGUGGUGGAAAACUACUGGACAACAAUCACUCUCAGUCAAUGAUUUCUUGUAUAAAGCAGGAAAACCCAAAUUAUAGUGAAAGACAAGAGCAAUGUCAGCUUGGAAAAAUGGUCCAUAGUCAGACGUCAGACAUUUUAGACAUAGAGAUGCAGUAUAUGCAAAAGAAACAACAAACCUCAGCCUUUCUGAGAGUUUUUACUGAUUCGCUUCAGAACUAUUUGCUUUCUGGGAGCUUCCCUUCUCAGAACACCUCGUCAGUAAAUGAUUUUAGCCAUUUGGCAGAUGUGGAUCCACUUUCAACCUCUCCAGUACACACUUUAGGUGGAUGGACAUCUCCAGCAACUUCUGAAUCUCAUGGUCACCCAUCAUCUUCUACGCUUCCAGAGGAGGAAGAGGAAGAAGAAGAGGAAGGUUACUGCCCUCGCUGUCAAGAGCUUGAACAGGAGGUAAUUUCAUUGCAACAAGAAAAUGAGGAGCUUCGUAGAAAACUGGAGAGCAUUCCAGUGCCCUGCCAGACUGUUUUAGAUUACUUGAAGACUGUACUUCAGCAUCACAACCAACUUAUGGUACCACAGCCAACAGACCAUCCAACUGAGGGGAGCAAGCAGUUGCUGAACAACUACCCUGUCUACAUCACUAGUAAACAGUGGGAUGAGGCUGUAAAUUCAUCCAAGAAAGAUGGACGGCGGCUCCUUCGAUAUCUCAUCAGAUUUGUUUUCACAACCGAUGAGCUUAAGUACUCAUGCGGCCUUGGGAAAAGGAAAAGGUCAGUGCAGUCAGGAGAGACAGGUCCUGAAAGACGUCCUCUGGAUCCAGUAAAAGUAACAUGUCUCAGAGAGUUCAUUAGAAUGCAUUGCACUUCCAACCCUGACUGGUGGAUGCCAUCUGAAGAGCAAAUCAACAAGGUGUUCAGUGACGCAGUAGGACACGCUCGUCAGGGGCGAGCAGUGGGGACUUUCCUUCACAAUGGGAACUCAUAUUACGAAGGGACUGACCAUCCGGGGUCACAGGACGAAGUCUUCAAUAGAGGUAUGCAAGAUGGAUCUGGUGAUUGACAGCAGUGAGAGAAAACUUACACAACAGUAGCAAGCAGUUAAUUUAGAAGAGACUAUUUGUUAAACAUACUUACCGUGAAGUCAUUUAAGAGUCCAAAGCAUGUUUGAACACAUACUGCGUGCAUUUCAGCUUCUCCAUUCUAUCAUAUCCUCAUUUACAGAAAAAUCCACUUCAAAAUCUGCCCUAUGGGAUUUCUCAGUGCCUAUUAUUUGCAAACCCUUUGUAGCACCCCAAGGGGAAACUGCAGUUUGCUUCAUCUAGUUCUAGAGAAAAGAUCACUUAAAAAUUACAAAAAUUUCAAAAGAAACAAAAGCUGCCGUUUUAUUUGCAUCUUUCUAACAGGCCCAGUUCUGGACCUUCAGACAUAACAACCAGAUACUAUUUGCUUUUCCUGAGAAGGAGAUGAAAGAACACAUCUCCUUGCUUGUGACAAUGAAAGAAGUGGUCACUCAUUUCAUAACAAAAAGUAGCACAAUUACAAAUGCUACCUUAAAAUACCACGUAAGACAGAAAAUUCAGGGGCAUCCUUUAGCCAACUAUGCCAGGAAAUUAAGCUUCUUGCAUCGAACAGCACCAGUCGUCGACCACAGAGUCCUUCAAAGGCCCAGAACAGUAACAGGCACUUCUAAUAGAUAAAAAUUUCUUUGUGUGUUAGAUAGAGACUAUGUUUACCUAUUUCUAGGGAAUUAGACUUGACCAUGACAUUUUUCAUCCCCCCCCCCCCCCCCCCCAAAAAAAAUUGCUAAAAACAAAUUGCUAUUUCAGAAGACAAGUUUGCUUUGUCUGUUGCUAUUCUGCAGCUAUGUUGUGUAGCUUUAGAGGAUUUAAAUUUUCUUUUCUUGUUUUUACUUCAAUUUGUAUUUUGUAUCCAGUCCUCAAAAUAGAUGAGGCAGUGUGAUGGUCUCAACAGUCAGAUGUUCAGUGGUGCAUUCAGGGAGGAGCUGAGUUAGAAAAACCUAAUUCAGCAUUUCUUUGUAAGAGAAGUAAGCCUGGGAUCCAGACUAAGAGUUGUAAAAAAAAGGAUGUUUUCUAGAAGAGAAGCCAAUUCACAGCAGAGUACAAUAUGGAAACGGAUGCUGAUGUAAAGGAAAAACAAUCUGUCCUUUUCAAAUAUUUAAUUUCAAAGGCUUAGGAGUCCCAUGUCCCUCUAAAUUGAUGCACUCCUGAAAUACAUAAUGCCAAAGAAACAGUUCCUUCCUUUCAGCAUCAGGGUGUUUCCAUCUCUAUACCUUGGUCAGUUGCCCAGGCUGCUGCUGGUAUUGGGCAGUGCCUGGCCCAGCCUCCUUGGGAUGAUGUUUCCCAACAGAUGGGGAUGGGGAACUGGUUUUUGGAAAGAAAAUCCAAAUUUUGAUCAACUUCAGUGCUACCUCAUCAGUGUUUAUUCUCCUGAACAUGUGUCUCAUACUGCCCAGCUUUCCCACCCAUCUUGCUCAAACCAUUGGAGAAGCUACUAAUUCCUCCUUCCACCCUUCUCCUCUCUUUCCCAACCUUCACCCAUGCACCGGGCAGGGCAGGAAACACACAGCCCAUUCCCUUAACAGCCUGGAAGGGCCAUCUGCAGUGCAGUGCAGCCAUAGCCCCGGCCUAGCUGGAGACGAGGACCUAGGGCACUCCCACAAAUGGCAGCUCACCCACAUCACCAUUCUGUCCUGGCAUUGGCCUCCUCGUCACCUGCUGCUAUGAACAGCCUACAGGCUUCGGUAUACACCCUGCUCAGCCAGGAUAUGCUUUAGGCCUUUAAAUGUCCAAUACCUCUUGACUUAUUUUAAUUUUGGUACUUCUUAAAAGGGGGCUGGUAGGCACUCAUCCGACGCAGACGAACCAAUUCAUUUUCUAACAUUAACAGCAGUUCAGUCACACUGCACCUUACCAGGCCAAGGGGUUUUGGGGCAGCAUCUCUCAUGGCAGGCAGAGGUGACUUGCUUGGACCAGUCAAUGAGGUGCUGUGGCUGAGGGGGAGAAACUUGGUGUAUAGAAACGUCACAGUACAGAUAUCCUAUAGUAGCUUUUCUGUGUUGAACUUACACGUUUUUUAAGAGAACUAUUAUAGAAGAUGUUACAUUGCUCAGAUGGUGUAAGUCUUGCUGGUGUAUGUUCUAUGUGGUGACACUUUCCAAAACUACUUGGUAAAACAUGUCAGAGCGUGCGAGUCAGCAUUAUACUGUAAAUUUGUCCACAGCGAUAUGUAUCAUGCUGUAUUUUUGUAAACAUUGUGACGGUUCCUUUCAAAUGUUUCAACAUACGAGAUUAACAAUACGGAUGCUUCAUUUUUAACAGUCUCAGGACAGAAUUACUGGACUGGACAGACCUCUCUCACUUAGUAGCCUGAAGAUUCUCCUGGAAUAUCUUGUAAGUCUAGCU